AUUCCAAGGGAAGGAGGACAAAGGUGCCUUCAGCAGACACUCCUGCCCUCUCUCACUCCCACCUCACAGAUGCAGUAAAACGCCUCAGGUGAGCAAUGGCGGGCGCCGGUGAGCGCAAAGGCAAGAAGGACGACAAUGGCCUCGGGACGGCCAUCGAUUUUGUGCUCUCCAAUGCCCGGCUGGUGCUGGGGGUGGGCGGAGCCGCCAUGCUGGGCAUUGCCACGCUGGCGGUUAAGCGGAUGUACGACCGGGCAAUCAGUGCCCCUACCAGCCCUACCCGCCUGAGCCAUUCAGGGAAAAGGAGCUGGGAAGAACCAAACUGGAUGGGUUCCCCCCGAAUGCUCAACAGGGACAUGAAGGCAGGCCUGAGCCGCUCCCUGCAGACCCUUCCCACCGACUCAGCAGCCUUCGACACAGAUACGUUCAGCCCACCCCGGCCCAAGCCAUUGGCCAGGAAGGGCCAGGUGGACUUGAAGAAGUCACGACUCCGCAUGUCCCUGCAGGAGAAACUGCUUUCUUACUACCGGAACCGGGCAGCCAUCCCUGCCGGAGAGCAGGCUCGGGCCAAGCAAGCUGCCGUGGACAUAUGUGCUGAGCUGCGGAGCUUCCUUCGGGCCAAGCUGCCUGACAUGCCCCUUCGGGACAUGUACCUGAGUGGCAGCCUCUAUGACGACCUGCAGGUGGUGACGGCUGACCACAUCCAGCUCAUCGUGCCACUUGUGCUGGAGCAGAACCUGUGGUCUUGCAUCCCUGGCGAGGACACCAUCAUGAACGUCCCUGGUUUCUUCCUGGUUCGUCGUGAGAACCCAGAGUACUUUCCUCGUGGUAGCAGUUACUGGGACCGCUGCGUGGUGGGGGGCUACCUCUCUCCAAAGACCGUGGCCGACACCUUCGAGAAGGUGGUGGCCGGCUCCAUCAACUGGCCGGCCAUAGGCUCCCUCUUGGACUACGUGAUCCGACCAGCACCGCCCCCAGAGGCCCUGACGCUAGAGGUGCAGUAUGAACGGGACAAGCAUCUGGUCAUUGACUUCCUGCCAUCGGUGACCCUGGGUGACACCGUUUUGGUGGCGAGGCCACACCGGCUAGCUCAGUACGACAACCUGUGGCGGCUGAGUCUGCGUCCCGCGGAGACGGCACGCCUGCGGGCUUUGGACCAGGCUGACUCGGGCUGCCGGUCUCUGUGCCUCAAGAUCCUCAAGGCCAUAUGCAAGUCCACUCCAGCUCUGGGUCACCUCACUGCCAGCCAGCUGACCAAUGUCAUCCUCCACUUGGCCCAGGAGGAGGCUGACUGGUCCCCAGACAUGCUGGCCGACCGUUUUCUGCAGGCCCUGAGAGGACUCAUUAGCUACUUAGAGGCCGGAGUCCUGCCCAGUGCACUGAACCCUAAGGUGAACUUGUUGGCAGAGCUCACCCCCGAAGAGAUAGAUGAGCUGGGGUACACUCUGUACUGCUCGCUCUCUGAGCCUGAGGUGCUGCUACAGACGUAGGGCAGGUGAAGGCCAAAGCUGCGUUAGGAGGUCAGGCCCCCAAAGUCUGUGUUAGAAACACUUGGUUGCAUGGUUGGUGCCUCGCAGGUCCCCAGGUGCCUCCUGCCUGCUGGCCACUUCAUGCUGGCUGAUAAGAAUGGCAUCUCCACCUCCUGUUUUUUCACUCACCCUUUUCUAUUUUUGUUACCAAACACUGUGCUUCCCCCUAACCCCCCUCCCCACCCUCUCCGCUGGUUUCUGGGAUUGCAUGGGCGGUGGAGCACUGGCCUGAGCUGUGGACAGGGCCUGGAGGUUGGCAUCAGGCCCAGUUUUCCUGCUUCUUUGUGCUCUGCCCAUGUGCAUCUUCCUAUUUAGUGUUUCUCCAUCUUUUCCCUUCUGUUCUUUUUGUGUUUUGCUUUGUCUCUGCAGGAUAUCUGCCUAAUCAACACAUUGCCUUUCAGUUGAAUGUCACAGAAGAGCCAUGAUUGUUUGCAAGCUGAACUCUGCAGAAUGAAUGCUGAGGCAGUAUUUAGGGUUUCGGGGGCUGAGGUUGGAGGAAAAGCCUGGUUCCUAGAAAGCAAGCCCAUUGCAUCCAUCUGAGCAACUUACACGCAUACGUGCUGAGACCACCUCUUGGGGGAGGGAGGGCACUGAAUUGAUCCCCAGCAGAAACUGGAUGUGGAGUUGUUUAGGGAUGGUGUCUUGGUGUAGCCAUCAGUGAGAGUGAAGGUGGUGGGUGGGUGUGGAGCUGCUCAGAGCGCCUCCAUGUCCGCAUCUGUGUCUCCUUUGUGGGUCUUGGAGCCAGGCUGGCGGGGGGAAGGGCUGCCUGCACAGUACUUCCAGAUUGUUGGCCCCACUCAUUCACUUGAUUGCCAAUAGGAGAAGGCCUUGCAGGAACAGCGCCUUAGCAGUAGAGGCCGAGGGAGGGUGGCUGGGGGCUGAGUGUCAGCUGGAAAGCCCAGUGGCCAGUUGGGGCUCAGUGACCCUGUUUUUUCCCCCCACAGGCCCUGCCUUUCUAGGAUGUUGCCUUACAGCAAGAACACGCCCCAGGCCAAACCCUCCCUCCCCCAUGUCCACCUCAGCCAAGGGAGCAGAGUGUUGGCGGAGCCCAGCAGGCACCUCUGAGGGCAGGUGAACACGGCCAGGCCCCACCCUCUUGUCCUCUCUCUGCCACCCGGGGCAGUUGGUGCUACUUGGGAAGAGAGCACACAUAAACGUACAGGGGAGGGAGGCGGGCACUUCCCACGCCCCGUCUUAUUUUCCGCUGCUAAAAUUGCACUAUUUAUGGUAAUUAAAUGUGUCCUAGGUGGGGAGAAGUGUUGACUACACCAUGUCAGUGUCUUCUCGUCUUUUCCUGUGUGUGGAGAGUGACCGUCUAUCCAGUAUUAUUUUAUCUGUCCGGUUGUGGUCUUACUUGAUCUCUUCUUACUACCUCUCUGUCUGAGAGAUUGAGCAGUGGUCUCAGCCCUUCGUGGUGAUGUGAACCAACACCUCAAUGACAUUCCUUGAACUCCCAGGCUUAGGGGGAAGAGGCAGAAGCUUGCCCCCUUUGAUAUGGGUUAGGAGGUUAACUAGGGUACCUUGGAUUAUGUCUGUGUUCCUGACUCCCCCCCCCCCAAGGCUUCCUUGGAGUUCAGUUGUUUCUCUUGUGUACGGAAGGCAUUGCCAGCAUGCCACCCUGGCUAUUUAGUCAAAUGGGAGUUUGAGAUUUUGUGUGUGUGUGUGUGUAUGUGUGUGUGUGUGUGUGUAAGUAAACGCUCCUGUGGGCUCCGUGUAGAGGAAGGGGGAGGUGCCUCACGCGGAGGGAUCUGCAGCCCCUUCACCCCCUUGGGGUGUCUCUUGGAGGAGAAGCUUGAUAAAAUGCUGCCAAAAUGGAUGUUCUCUGUUGAGAUACACUGUAUUACAAAAUGGAAACAUUCCCCAAGCUGUCAUCUUUAGUCAAAUUUCAUGUAACACACUGGAAAGAGCUUUAAAGACCCUCAAGAUUUUAGAGUCCCAACUUACCCAAGUCAAGUGCCAUGUUUUUACCUCCUGGCUGAGGGCAGUCCCAGCUCUUGACUGUUGCACAAAAUCAGAACCACAACUCAUCUCAAAAGCAAGAGCUGCUUCCAAGGCCUUGACUGGGCAGGCCCUGUUGCCAUUUUUUUUUUUUUGUAACAACGUAGGUGGUAUCCAUAGGCUCUGAGAUGCUUGCAGGACAGCAUUGUCCCUUGGGGGAAGUGCAGUGGCUGUCUCUAAGGUCUGCCUUUUUUGUUCAGUAACUCCCACUUCUGUCUGAAGGAUUAGGUAACUCCUACUUGUCUAUCUGGAGACCAUUUUUUGGCACUAUCUAGAUUAGCAAACCCAGUGCCUGAAAGUAUUGAUUGUUGUCUUAAACACUUAAUAAAUGACAAAUUUA